AUGUUCAAAGACAUCCCAUUGCUGGAAAGAUAUGGAAAAGCUGCAAAGAUGGGAUUCAAAUUGGUCGAACUUCCAUUUGGAUACACCGAGAAGCCAGAAGAUCUCAAAGCUGCUGCAGAUCAGAACAAUCUUCACCAUGUUCUGAUCAAUGCCAAAAAUGAUGACAAUAAGGGGAAGCUUGGACUGGCUGCGGUGAAAGGGGAAGAAGAUUUGUUCAAACAGUGCAUUGGAGAGACUAUUCGAUAUGCCGAGGUCUUGGGAGUCAAGGUGUAAGAUUUUUUCAAAUUUUUUGUUGGCUUCGUAUCUACUAUAAUAUAAAUGACGCCUUUAUUUGAGAUUUUUGAGGUCUAAUGUCAAGAAAUUUACUUGAAAAAAACAUUUCAAAGUCACAUUCUUAAAGGGUCCAUGUUAUGGCGGGCGAUGGUGAUCCUAUUAAAGACCUCGACACCUACAAAGUUAAUAUCCGAUAUGCGGCUCGAGAGCUGGCUAAGGUAAGUCUUUAUGUGAUUUCUGAUUUUAUUGGUUUAGAAAGGGUUUUUAUGUGUGAUUGAGCCGAUUAAUCCACAUUUCCGAUCAACCUAUUUUUUGAAUUCCUUUGACCAAGCCAAGAAUAUCAUCGAAGAGCUGAAAGAGCCCAAUCUGAAGCUUCUUUUUGUAAGUUUUGGUUUCUAAGUAGUAGCAAGGGGCAUGACGUGUUUGUUAAAAAUUAUUUUGGGCGUUGGAGGUGGGCUGAUUCUUGUAUUUUAGGACGUUUUCCAUUGCCAACUGAUCUGUGGACAAAUAACUUUUCAAAUUAACCGCCUUCAGGACAUUAUUGGUAAGUAAUAACCAAGAUACGUAUCCUUUCUCUAUUUUUACUAUUGUGAUAAAAAUAAGAAAUGAUCCACAUUUUUUGAAAUUUAUUUUAGUCAUCAAAAUCAAAACCUUUUAAAAAAAUUUAAUUUUGAAAUUCUUAAAAGUUCUGAACUACGAUUUAUUUUUCGGCCACAUCCAAGUUAGCCAACCACCCCAUCGAAACGAACCAGAUACCGAUGGAGAACUGAAUUAUGAAUAUGUUUUCCGAGUCCUCAAAGCAUUGGGGAAGGACUGGAUCAUUGGAGGAGAGUAUUUUAAUGUCAAGGAUAAUGCUGAUUGGGUCAAGAAGUAUGGGUUGGAAUUCUAA